AUGGAGAAGAAAAAUGACUCCGGAGACAAAGGUCGUUCUAAACACAAGAAGAAACCUAAGCGUGUCCGCUUCGCCAGAAAUAUUUGGACGGUGUACGACUUCGAUGAUUGGCCGUACGAGAGUUGGCAGGUUAGGAAAGCUGGCGUCAUGUGGAUUACCGCCGGCACAGAACGCCGCCGCUUUACCAGAAGGUGUCACGAGACCGAAGACUUGCUGAAGGCCGCCAUGGUCUUUGACCACCUGCACAGGGAGAAAAUAUUUGCCCAAAGAUUUCUGGAUUCUUCACUCAUCCACGCAGAAGCUGGAUCUUCAUUAAAUACCAUAUCAUUUUCUGUAGCCCAUCGAAAGACCAGAUUUACAUCUGAUUGGAGGUUUGUUGUGUUCUCUAUGGUGUCUACUCUUAUGAAAAUCCCAGUGUCAUCUGCAAAGGAUGAUGCACAAGCACUGGAACCGCCCUCCGUGCCGCCGGAACCGCCCUCCGUGCCGCCGGGACCGCCCUCCGUGCCGCCGGAACCGCCCUCCGUGCCGCCGGGACCGCCCUCCGUGCCGCCGGAACCGCCCUCCGUGCCGCCGGGACCGCCCUCCGUGCCGCCGGAACCGCCCUCCGUGCCGCCGGGACCGCCCUCCGUGCCGCCGGAACCGCCCUCCGUGCCGCCGGAACCGCCCUCCGUGCCGCCGGAACCGCCCUCCGUGCCGCCGGAACCGCUCUCCGUGCCGCCGGAACCGCCCUCCGUGCCGCCGGGACCGCCCUCCGUGCCGCCGGAACCGCCCUCCGUGCCGCCGGAACCGCCCUCCGUGCCGCCGGAACCGCCCUCCGUGCCGCCGGAACCGCCCUCCGUGCCGCCGGAACCGCCCUCCGUGCCGCCGGAACCGCCCUCCGUGCCGCCGGAACCGCCCUCCGUGCCGCCGGAACCGCCCUCCGUGCCGCCGGAACCGCCCUCCGUGCCGCCGGAACCGCCCUCCGUGCCGCCGGAACCGCCCUCCGUGCCGCCGGAACCGCCCUCCGUGCCGCCGGGACCGCCCUCCGUGCCGCCGGGACCGCCCUCCGUGCCUAGAAUACGCACAUGA